AUGGCUCUUCCUGAUACGCUAACUUCAAUACACUCAUCAUCAGCUGGAAUUGAGACGCAAAAUGCGAUUGAGGAGGAGGAAAUCACCCCAGACGAGGUCCUUCGACAAAUGCGCCUUGCGUGGCAGAAUGAAAUGGCGGCACCUUGCCUUCUACCACAUCGUUACGAUAUUGUCGAGUGCUUAGUUGAUCAAAUAGAGGGAAUGGAAGAGAAUUUAUUAGGAAGAACAGAUAAGGCGAGCAUUAGGAUUUCUGCUCAUCGAUUAGAAUUGCACAGACUCACUUAUAUAACCAAUGAUUAUAUGAGGCGACGCCUACAAAAAAUUGAAAGCAACCCCAGGCGAGCUAUUCGGGACCAUGUGGAACGGUUAAAAGAAGGAAAAUCAGCUCUUCUUUCUGAGCAGGAAAAAACGUUUGCCGAAAGAUAUGCAAAGAUUGAAGCUCAGCUGAUGGGGAAAACUUGCCUUGGUAGGAUUCCUAGCCAUCGCCAGCUUCCUAUUUUUAGUGUCAUUUAUCUGAGAAGAAAUGUGUAUGCAGAAGUACUAGAAGAUAACGCUGAGCCAGCAAUCGUACCUGACUAUCAGGACAAGACUGCCGAAGUGGUCGUCGAAUUGGAGAAGGGUACCGUACACCUGUUACCGUUUCAAUCGGUCCAGCAACAGGUCGAACAGGGCACUGUUCGACUGUUGUAG